UUUUUCCCUGCUGCCACAAUACUGCAGACACGUAACCAUCCUGUUUUAGUCAGUUUAAGCUUGCACUUACAAUACAAGGCUUUAACAUUUGCUAUCUACAUAAGCACACUUUUAAUGUCAUAUUGACAAAACCUUUGCUCGCCGAUUCGAAUCGCUGGAAGUGGACCAUGGCGGCUGCCACGAGCAGCAAUACAUCCACAACCACGCUUCAGAUAAAGCAUUCCAGUAUCGAGCAUACGCGGAAACGCAUAGACCCUCGGAGGAGACAAGCCGCACUCUCUUUUCUCAGUAACAUUUCUUUGGAUGGUCGACCGGUGCAAGAUGAUGCCGACAAUCAGAUCGAAGAGGAUAAUUCAAUUGAGUCGAGGACUAGACAGAGCCUGGUUUCUGCAGCAGAGCGUCCGCUGUACGCGGCUGGCAGUGGCACAGGGGUAGCGACCCCCACGGCCACCCAGGCGCUCGCUAUUGCAAACCAGGCUCUGAUUGCUAACGCACGAGAUAGUUUUGGGAUUGGUCCCGCAGCUGCAGCUCAAGCGUGUACAGAUCCGGAAGGGGAUGCUUUCGGCCCUUCGAUUUUCAGUUCGCCUUUCUCUGCAGUACCAGCCGCGAUUAGAGGCAGGCUUCAGACCUACACUCAGGGAGUUGUGCCUGCUGCCUACUCCAGGCAGGCUUCCCAAGUCUUCUGUUUGGAGGGAGGACAGAUAGCCAACUCUGUCCUGGAGCUGCAGAGAUCAAGACGGAGGCUCAUCUCUCAGCGAUCCUCCUUGGAGACACUGGAAGACAUUGAGGAGAACGCCCCUCUACGCAGAUGCAGAACCCUCUCAGGUUCACCCCGACCAAAGAGCUUCAAAAAGGUCCACUUCAUCAAGAACAUGAGGCAACAUGAUAUGCGCAAUGGAAGGAUAGUCCUAAUCAGUGGCAGAAGAUCCUUGUAUAGUGUAUUUUCUGUCCUGCCCUAUCGAGAUUGUAGCCAAGCAGGGGAUGUGAAACUGGAAAGCGGGCGGCAGCGUCACCCCUCGGGCGGGGUCAGUGCCAAGGAGAUGGUGAUCGGGCUGGAGGGAGUGGAGCUGGGGGCCUAUGGAAAGACUGUAUCAUACACUCAGUUCCUGUACCCCACCAACGCCCUGGGCAGCGGACGCAGGAACACCAUCGACUCCACUUCAUCCAUCUCUCAGUCUCGUAACGCCAGCCACCGCAGCCUCAGCUUGGGCCGGGCCAACAGCAAUCAGAGCAGCAUCGACACAGGGAAUGAUCUGGGGGACUUGAUCCGGGAGUAUGACCCCAAUCUGUUGGACGAUCCCCAGUGGCCGUGUGGGAAGCACAAGAGAGUCCUCAUCUUCCCCUCCUACAUGACUACAGUCAUAGAGUACGUCAAGCCUUCUGACCUCAAGAAGGACAUGAAUGAGACGUUCAAGGAGAAGUUCCCCCACAUACGGCUGACCCUCAGCAAAAUCAGGAGUCUGAAGAGAGAUCGUAAAUUGACCCAGGAAGAGUGUGGCUAUGAGGAACCCACCGUAGCCAUGGCCUUCGUCUACUUCGAGAAGCUGGUCCUCCAGGGGAAACUCAACAAGCAGAACCGCAAACUCUGCGCCGGUGCUUGCGUCCUGCUCGCUGCCAAGAUUGGCGGAGACCUCAAGAAGCACGAGGUCAAGCAGCUCAUAGACAAACUGGAGGAGAGGUUUCGUGUGAACAGGAGAGAGCUGAUAGCCUUUGAGUUCCCUGUGCUUGUAGCCCUGGAGUUCAACCUGUACCUGCCUGAGCACGAGGUCAUGCCCCACUACAGACGCCUCGUCCAGACCUCCUAGCAUUAGUGACCCGUCAGGAGGAGCACCUAGACCAUGCCCUUCUGAUCCAGGACCAGAAUCUACACCACACCCUCUUCCCCACCCCACCACUGGGUGCCACGACCUUGUCUCCUCUCUGCAGCCUGGGGAUCCAUUAUGGACUAUGAUGUGGGAGCUCCACUACACUCUACUGCAGGCCACAUUCAUAUGUUCAUUUUCAGAUCAAGACUUGAAAGCAGCCAAAGUGACAUGUAUUUCCAUACACAUAUUCUUACUUCAACAUUUUUCUCAGACUUUUACUCCUACAUUCGAGACUAGUUACAUCUUCAAAAUACUUACACUAUCAUUCAAAAGUUUGGGGUCACUUAGAAAUGUCCCUGUUUCUAAAAGAGAAGGACAUUUUUUGGUCCAUUAAAAUAACAUCAAAUUGAUCAGAAAAUGCAGUGUAGACAUUGUUAAUGUUGUAAAUUACUAUUGUAGCUAGAAAUGACAGAUUUUGUAAAAUGGAAUAUUUACAUAGGUGUACAAAAGGCCCAUUAUCAGCAACCAUCCCUCCUGUGUUCCAAUGGCACAUUGUGUUAAAAGGCUAAUUGAUCAUUAGAAAACCCUUUUGCAAUUAUGUUAGCACAGCUGAAAACUGUUGUUCUGAUUAAAGAAGCAAUACAACUGGCCUCCUUUAGACUAGUUGAGUAUCUGGAGCAUUAGCAUUUGUGGGUUUGAUUACAGGCUCAAAAUGGCCAGAAACAAAUAACUUUCUUCUGAAACUCGUCAGUCUAUUCUUAUUCUGAGAAAUGAAGGCUAUUCCAUGUGAGAAAUUGCCAAGAAACUGAAGAUCUCAUACAACGCUGUGUACUACUCCCUUCACAGAACAGCGCAAACUGGCUCUAACCAGAAUAGAAAGAGGAAUGGGAGGCCCCGGUGCACCACUGAGUAAGAGGACAAGUACAUUAGAGUGUCUAGUUUGAUAAACAGACGCCUCACAAGUCCUCAACUGGCAGCUUCAUUAAAUAGUACCCGCAAAACACAUGUCUCAACGUCAACAGUGAAAAGGUGACUCCGGGAUGCUGGCCUUCUAGGCAGAGUUGCAAAGAAAAAAACAUAUACUGGCCAAUAAAAAUAAUAGAUUAAGAUGGGCAAAAGAACACAGAUACUGGACAGAGGAAGAUUGGAAAAAAAGUGUUAUGGACAGACAAAUCUAAGUUUGAGGUGUUCGGAUCACAAAGAAGAACAUUCGUGAGACGCAGACAAAAUGAAAAGAUGCUGGAGGAGUGCUUGACGCCAUCUGUCAAGCAAGGUGGAGGCAAUGUGAUGGUCUGGGGGGGCUUUGGUGGUGGUAAAGUGGGAGAUUUGUACAGGGUAAAAGGUAUCUUGGGGAAGGAAGUCUAUCACUCCAUUUUGCAACGCCAUGCCAUACCCUGUGGACGGCGCUUAAUUGGAGACAAUUUCCUCCUACAACAGGACAAUGACCCAAAGCACAGCUCCAAACUAUGCAAGAACUAUUUAGGGAAGAAGCAGUCAGCUGGUAUUCUGUCUAUAAUGGAGUGGCCAACACAGUCACCGGAUCUCAACCCUAUUGAGCUGUUGUGUGAGCAGCUUGACUGUAUGAUAUGUAAGAAGUGCCCAUCAAGCCAAUCUAACUUGUGGGAGGUGUUUCAGGAAGCAUGGGGUGAAAUCUCUUCAGAUUACCUCAACAAAUUGACAACUAGAAGCCAAAGGUCUGCAAGGCUGUAAUUGCUGCAAAUGGAGGAUUCUUUGACGAAAGCUAAGUUUGAAGUACACAAUUAUUAUUUCUAACCUUGUCAACAUGUUAUAUUCAUUUUGCAACUCAUUUCAUGUAUGUUUUCAUGGGAAACAAGGACAUUUCUAAGUGACCCCAAACUUUAACGGUAGCGUAUGAAAGGGAGAAUCCUAUCUUCCUCCACUUUGAAAAACAAACAAAAAAAUAUCAAGACUUUUUACAUCCUCUGCUUUUUUCUUUGAGGUUUCAUGUCAUCUUUCUAGUUAAAGAGCAUUGCAAGAUGAUUUCUUUUGUCAAAGCAAAUUAUUGCUUUGUGAUUGUUACAUUUGCACUAAUCACAUUUUUAUUUUUAGAUCCCAUCUUUAUUUUUUUGAGAGAGAGAUGAUUGAUUUCAUUGGUCCCUCGUUCCUAUGUGGAACUUUGGCUUGUUUUGGUUGCCUUAUGAUCAUCAUAAGAAUGAAUUGCACUGCAGCUUUUGACAGGACUGUUAUCAAAGUGAAUGUGCUUUUUGAAAGACAUUUUCCAGUCUCCUCACUAGAAGUAUACUUUUGAAUAAUGCAGAUAUGGAUGGAUGUGAUUUGAGAAUGACUUGUGAUGAAACAAACGGAUUCUGAUCAAGUUCAGUUGACUCAAACCACAAAAGGGCAAGUUGAUGUAAAUGGUUCCAUUUAUUUUCUCAUCCAUUUUCCCUUUUCUAUUUUCUAGCCACCAAUCCCACUAUCAGCAUGACAAUUUAUUUUAAAACAAUUGGUAAAAUACACAGAUUUAAUGGGAUUUUAUACUGUAUAGUAUUCAGUACAUUUAAGUACUCUUCUUGUUUUCUACCUGUGGAGUGCUUGCUUUGGACAUUCGGUGACUGACCUACUCUUAUCAGUGUGUAGUCUCCUGUGCUCUAUGUUAGAGUGAGUUAUCAGUGCGUUUCUGGUGCUAUACUGGAGUGGGUGGAAAGAUAUUGGAAGCAAGUCAUGAUGAUGCCAAUGACCAAUGAUACAGAUUUGGUAUUGAAGCUGAACUUCUUAAUCACAAUAUCUGUCAUGACCGGACCAAGUGUUUAAAUGGCAUUGUAUCUGUCAUGACCGGACCAAGUGUUUAAAUGGCAUGGUAUCUGUCAUGACCGGACCAAGUGUUUAAAUGGCAUGGUAUCUGUCAUGACCGGACCAAGUGUUUAAAUGGCAUUGUAUCUGUCAUGACCGGACCAAGUGUUUAAAUGGCAUUGUAUCUGUCAUGACCGGACCAAGUGUUUAAAUGGCAUGGUAUCUGUCAUGACCGGACCAAGUGUUUAAAUGGCAUGGUAUCUGUCAUGACCGGACCAUGUGUUUAAAUGGCAUUGUAUCUGUCAUGACCGGACCAAGUGUUUAAAUGGCAUGGUAUCUGUCAUGACCGGACCAAGUGUUUAAAUGGCAUGGUGUCUGUCAUGACCGGACCAAGUGUUUAAAUGGCAUGGUAUCUGUCAUGACCGGACCAAGUGUUUAAAUGGCAUGGUAUCUGUCAUGACCGGACCAAGUGUUUAAAUGGCAUGGUAUCUGUCAUGACCGGACCAAGUGUUUAAAUGGCAUGGUAUCUGUCAUGAUCGCAAUAUUGUUGUGCCACCAAUCUUUUAUGACGAGUGGUUCAAGCUUGAAAGUCACCUUUGGAAUGGUAUGCUAAUGGCAUUGUUGUGACAUCAUAGCAGUGUUACCAAGAGUUUCUCUUAUUUUACUAUAUCCAACUUUAGUCUUUUGAACACUUUUUCUUUGGUUUGAAUGGACAAAUCAAACAGGCCUUACAGAAACGAGCUUUAUGCUACAUGCACAUAUCCAUGUCUGAUCAGAAAGUUUAGGAUGGUGAAAAUCCUUUUGUCAUGCACCUCAGCCACGCCCUAAGUGUAAUGCUUAUUAAAUUGCCCUUUUCAAAUGUGUGUAGCUGUAAUUUUGACCUGUAAUGUUGGGUAUAUAUUCUCUCAAUCUGAAAUUGACUAUAUAAACUUUGAUACAACAACGUAGGUUGAUGCUGAACUAUGUCACAGAGAAACAUGGAUACAUUGUUCAAGUAAAAAUAGACUGUGUGAAUUGCCAUGUGUUUGAAUCAGGCCUAUUGUAUUCAGCACAGAAGGGUUGGAUAAAACACGAUUUAUUUGACUUUAAUCUGAUUGCAGUGAUUGAGUAAUCAGAAAAGAUGGAUAGUGCUGAAAUUGGGGUGAAAUACAUUUGGGAGAAGUUCUGAUUCUAUUUGUAAGCCCGAGAGGUUUUGCCAUAGGAUACCCACUUUUAGGCUUUUACAGAAAGCUGAUGGUCAACAACAUUCAAAUACACGUGCGUAUGUUUGUAAAUAUACUGCUUUGCUUGUUCAAUAAAAACAAGAUUCCUGAAA